AGGGUUUAUCAGGGGUUUUAGCUCCCCCAAUAAAGCCAAACCCAGAAUCAGAUUGUACCCAUUGGUUUCGUUCAAUGCAGAGCCUCAUCGGACUUCAAGUGUCACAGCAGUGACGAUGCACAGCUGCCUGUUCUGAUCGUCAAUGCCGGACCCGUUCUGAUCGUCAAUGCCGGACCCGUUCGUCUCGUUCUCCCCAUUCUCCUAAUCAAAUUAGAUACUUCCUCGAACAACUUGAAUUUUGACCCUUUUAUAAGCCUCAGAAGAAUGGGAAAGAAAGAAAUUUUGCAGCAGAUGAAGUCCUAUACAGGGAAGACUCAAUCAUUUCUUUUUACUUUCUUAAUGGCUAUUACGCAAGUGAUUAAUUUUUGGUUUAAUCAGUCUAAGUUUUGAGCACUAAUUUGGCUUAGGCAAUUUGGAUUUAUCACUUAUUUGUUACCCUCAUUUGCUUGUUACAUUGGGUUUUUGAUUGGUGGGGGAAUACUUUUUUGCCGUAUGAUUUUAUUUAGGGGUCAAAUGUGCGGUUUUAGAGAAGAACAUGGCGUUUUCUAGGCAUCCCGACGCUCAUUUUAUCAACAACAGCUCAAUGGAGGUGUUUCGCAAAUUGGGUGGACUAGCCAAAGAGAUUCAAAGAUCACAGCCCCCUGAUGGAUUUGUGAAGAAAAUUUAUAUAUUGCAAUUCAGUCACUGGUCUGAUACUUGGGUCAGUGGACCAUAUGCGACCUCAAGACAUGAUUUAUCUGCAGCCAGUGGACUUUGACUCUCUAACUUGUAUGGAAAAGGGAGUAGAACCAAGCAUACUUACUGUUGUUUAAUGAAUUGUAUUUGCAUUCUAUAAACGAUUUAAUGAGUACUACAGAAGAUAUUGAUGCUCCUUUUGUAUUGCUGGUCCCAGCCUCUGUUGCACAUUUAUCACAGUACAAAUUAACCAGGUUACUACUUAAGCAGUUGGAAAACCUUGGUUUUAAUGUUUGUGAAUCAGAAGGUUGGGAAGGCCUUGAUCGUGAGCUUCCUGAGGCUGGAAAAAUACUAAUGGGGCAUCAGUGCAUCUCCAUUGAUGCUGCUGAACAAUGUGUUACUGUUAACAUUUCUUUCCUGAAGGAAGGGAAGCCUAUGCAGAGAAAAAUCCAGUCUAAAAUUCUUGUUGCAGCAGAUGGUGCUGGGAGGACAGUAAGAAAGCUUGUUGGGAUAGAUUUGAGUGGUGUUCUUGUUGCUCUUGAUCUAAAGCAAGGAGAAUUUGUAUUACAGAUUUCAUUCUAUCCGCCUCAACAGAACCUGGAAUAUUUCAGCCUUGCGAUAUGCAAGAAGUUAAUGGUCAAAUUGGUUGGUAGAGAGCUUUUAGAUAUAGAUGUGAUUGAUAUAAAGCCAUGGGUGAUGCAUGCUGAAGUUGCUGAAAAGUUUGUAUGUUGUGACAAUCGAGUAAUUCUUGCUGGUGAUGCUGCUCAUCAAUUCCCUCUUACUGGUGCUUUUGGUAGUAACUCUGUUUUUCUGACCAGAAAGCAUUAUGAUUAUUUAGAAUUUUUCUUAUUUCCUGAUCAGCAGCUUGUGACUGAAUUUUCCUAAAUGAAUACUGGAAUUCAGGAUGCUCAUAAUCUGGCAUGGAAAAUUGUUUCCUUACUAAAGGCUCUUAGCAUUUGGAACUUCAGAGCAGUUAUGGUAGUUCCUGCAACACUUGAGCUUGAUCCAUCUAUUGCCAAUUCAGUGCAUUGGGUUACCAACAAGGGACUUGGUUCUAUUUUACCAUCUGGACUGCAGAGAGCAAUUCUAGAUGGAAUUUUUUCAAUAGGAGCUCUUGUUCCUUAUAAUGGUAGUCCUGUGACUGCACCUGAAGCACCUACUGGUCCUCAAAGGGAUUAUAUUCCAAGUGUUGAUCCAGGGGGAAGGUUGCCUCAUACGAAUGUAAUAGAAUUGUUGAAGUUUACAAAUGAGGAGACUAUUUCUACUCUUCAUCUUGUGUCUGUCGACAGAGAGGAAUUUAAAAUUGUUACUAAGGUGUGUGUAUUAUGGCCUGCUGAUGCGGUUAAUAGAGUUCAACCUGGCAGUGAGGCAGCACUGGCACCUUGGAAGAACUAUACAGAUGUUGUAGAGGUUAAAAGUUCACCUGAGUUGUUGUCAUCGUGGGAAACUUGUCAGUUGACUAACAAAGGAGCCAUUUUAGUCAGGCCUGCUGAGCACAUUGCGUGGCGUGUGAAGUCAGGUGUUUUAGGGGAUCCUAUUUCAGAGGCAAGGAGGGUUUUUGCCACCAUAUUAGGAACAUAAUCAAACAACAUACAUCACACGUUAAGUACAGGCAACUUGAAAUUCCUUUUUACAGUCUUUGAAGUGUAGCAUGAGAUUCCUGCUUCCAGAUCUGAAGGAUACCCACGUCAACAGCACAAUCUCAGGAUUCAGGUCAUGGCCACAUAUCUACAAUUUGCAACUCUUCUCGCAGCAAUUGGCAGUAAACGAUCAGAGCUCUCAUGGAAUCAUGCUUUGAUGAACAUGAGCUACAAGAUCGACUGUUAGUCAAGGUUAUCAUAUAGCUAACAACAGAUGUAACAAUUCCAAGCAAUGAAAUGGCAAGAGCCUG